ACCCUCUUCUUCCCUUCUCUUUCCCUUCAUCCCAAACUCCUCCCUCCUUUCUCUCUCCUCCCUCCUUUCUCUAUCCUCCUUCAACCGCCAUAAAAAACCACCUUCGAGAACCACCGUCAAUACCAAAAACCACCUUCAAAAUCCACAACAAUGAAGCAACUCCUGAAAUCAAUGAACCCAAAACAAAUAUUCCGGUCAAAAAAACCCAAAUCAUCACCAUCAAUCACAAAAUCCGAACCACCAUCAUUCGGAUCCACUUCAUACUCUUCCUCAACCUCCUCCGAUUCUUCAACCCACCGUCGGUCGGGCCCAGCACCGGGCCGAACCAAAUCCGAGGACAUCUCCCUCCGGCCCGACCCUUGGACUGAAGAAGCCUUCAAAAUGAUCGACCUCGACGGGGACGGUAAGAUCACUCGAGUCGAACUUCACUCACUCUUCAAGCGCGUGAGAGUAAACGCGCCGUCGUUGAGCGAAGAAGAGGUGGCAGCAAUGAUCAAGGAUAUCGAUAUGGACGGAGACGGGUGCAUCAGCCUAAAAGAGCUAGAAGCCGUUGGAUCUGCGCUUGAUCCGACGGCUGCGAAUGAAGAAGAUCUAAAAGGUGCGUUUGAUUUCUUUGAUUCGGAUCAUGAUGGGAAGAUAUCGGCGAGUGAGUUGCACGCGGGGUUUGUUGCGUUGGGGGAUGAACGGUGUACGUUAGAGGAUUGCCGGCGUAUGAUAGAAGGUGUGGAUAUUAAUAAUGAUGGAUUUGUUUGUUUUCAGGAUUUUAGCCGAAUGAUGAGUAUUCCUAGAUGAAUUUUUAUUUUUUUAUUUUUGGGAGGGAUAAAAAGGGAUUUUUCUAUUAUUAAGUAAGGUUUAGAUUGAAUGUUUAAGAAAUUUGUUCGAUCAUUAGCUUUAAUGUGUUACCGUACAUAUUGAAAUCAAAUGAUAUGAAAUCUUCCUUAUUAUCUACUCAA